AUGAAGUCGAACCAUCGUCUCUUUCCCAAGGAAGAGUUGCAAGCCAAGAUGAAAGGGUGGAGUAGCGGCUCUUCACUUGUAAUGGAGUGCUGUAGCCCAAGGAAUGGACAAGUCAUGUUGGCUAUUGGCUACAAAUACAACAAGAGGAAGGUGCUCUGCUUCCUUGCCACCAAGAAUGCGGGCUCAACAAAGCAAGGCAAGCCUUACAUCGCGAAGUUUGCUGAUAGUAUUGGCAACGUCUGCUACCGUGAGGUCGACAGGCCAAAGAUUAUUAGUGACUACUUCAUCAGAAGCAAUGUCAUCGACUCGCACAACCAUGCUCGACAAGGAGAGCUCAAGAUGGAAAAGAGAUGGGUGACACAAGACUGUUGGUUUCGGUUGGACACAACUCUCAUUGGCAUGACUGUUACUGAUUGCUGGAGGGCAUUUCGUCAUCAUGUGGCCGAUGCCAAAGCAAAGGAAAUGAGCGUUGUCAGCUUUGCCGAUCGAGUUGCGAGUGAUUGUCUUCGAAACAAGUUCCCUGACACGAUCGAUGCUGAUACCACUUUGAAUCUAAUGCCGACACCGGUGCUUACAGUCGAAGUUCCCACGGGCUAUGCUGCUGAUGACGGUGGUGUGUCUCCAAUCUCAGUUGCAAGCACCAUUGCAGACCUUUCCAAUGCGCACACGAGGAUUGUCAAUCCGGAUCAGCAAGCAUCUGGCAGACCAAAGAGGCGAACAUGUCGGGCUGAUGGUUGCAAGAAAGAAACGCAUUGGAUGUGUGGCAAUCAAGCGUGUAUGAGUGAUGCUUACAAUGCCAACGGCAGGAGAGUAAGGGGUAUGUUCUAUUGCGAUGCCCACUGGCCCUUGGAGCAUUGGAAAGAUCUGCAUCCAACUGCGGAUCCGUAG